AUGGACAAAAGUAAACACUGCGCCUAUCAUAGGGAUUAUGGGCAUACUACUAAUGAUUGUAGGUCCCUUCGGCGACAGGUCAUUCAUGCAAUACAUGGGAAGUCAGAGGAAGACCAAGAGUCAGAAAAGGUGUAUCACUCUAGAUUGAGGGCUGUUCACAAGCUAAGGAAGUUAUCCUCAGUAAAUACCAUCAUUUUGGGCAAUAUCAGCAUCGGGUUUGGGGAUGAAGAUCUGUCUAGAGUACAUCAUCCCCAUGAAGAUCCACUCUUCAUUAGUCUUUUAGUAGCAAACUACAUAAUUAAAAGAGUCCUUGUAAACCUUGGCAAUAGCACCAAUAUUAUAACUAAAGCAGUUUUUGAGCAGUUGGAGAUCCCAUCAUCAUCAAUUAGAUCCACUUUUAGCCCUUUGAUGGGAUUUGAUGGACCAAAGGUAGAUCCCAUUAGGAUAAUAGAUUUAUCAGUCACUGUUGUAAAAAGAACAUUGAAAAAGAACUUCGUUCUAACAGAAAUUCACCAUUCUUACAAUCUCAUCAUGGAGAGAGGGUGGAUUCACCAAAUUAAUGGAGUACCAUCUACUCUGCACCAAGUGAUGCGAUGUUUGUCUCCAGAUGGGAAGAAGUCAUCAAUCUUUGGGGAGAUCAAGCUGCUGCAAAAGAAUGCUAUGUGCUGA